ACUAUGGCCGUUGACACAUGUGGGGCAUGUGGAGCCCCAGGGCAUAGAUCCGAAGUGUGUCCCCUAUCAUUCGAUCAGGACUCGGGCGAGCAAUAUAUGGAUGCUAGUGCUCUACAGGGAUACCAGAAUCGACCAGACAAUGAUCCAUUUUCCAAUACGUACAACCCGAGAUGGCGAAAUCAUCCCCACUUCUCUUGGUCAAACAACACGAACACCCUCCAACCACCCCGUCCGAAUUUCACCCAGCAACAACCUCGACCCAACUUUGUGCCACGUCCGAAUUACCAACCUCAGCAGCAGCAGCAGCAGCAGCAAGCACCGGGAGAAGGAUCGAGUUCGACUCCCCAAGACGACAAGCUUGACAAAAUCCUUCAAUUCAUGGCCAAUAGUGAGCAGAGGAAUAUUAAUCAUGAGGCCUCUAUCAAGCGCCGAAUCCGACAAAGGAAAGUUACCUAGCCAGCCCGAGCAAGCCAAAGCCAUCACGGUACUCAGAAGCGGGAAGGUUGUGGAUAACAAGGUGGAGAUGCCCGAGCCCAAGGAGGAGGAGACUCAUUCGGAAAAGUUAAAGGAAGCAGAGCCCGAUAAGGCAACUGACGAGCCGAUGCUACAUAAGUCACCUAAUCCAUAUAAACCGCGCGUUCCCUUUCCAGACCGACUGAGAGACGAGAAGCAAGAAAAGCAGUUCCGGGAUCUUUUCAGCAUGCUCUCCAAGGUGAAUGUCAACUUGCCACUUCUUGAUGUGAUAAAAAAUAUGCCAUCUUAUGGUAAGUUCUUCAAGGACUUGGUGACCAAGAAGAGGAAGUUUGAAGAUGGUGAAAAGGUAGUUGUGUACGAAGCGGCAAGCGCAAUGCAGCACGACUUGCCCAAGAAGGAGCGUGACCCAGGAGGCUUUAUUAUCCAGAUCGCCUUGGGUAACGGGAAGGUAGCUUCGGGGAUGCUUGACCUCGGAGCCGGAAUUAAUCUUAUGCCCUUCUCGAUUUUUCAGAGGCUUGGCCUUGGGGACUUGAGGCCAACUCGCAUGUGCCUCCAGUUAGCAGACCGUUCCAUCUGGUACCCUAAUGGUAUAGUCGAGGAUGUUCUCGUGAAGGUGGGCAAGCUUAUCAUUCCAGUGGACUUCGUUGUUUUAGACGUUGGAGAUGUGCACGAGAAUGGGAAGGAUCACACCAUCCUCCUCGGGAGACCCUUCAUGGCAACAACUAACACUCUUAUCGACGUGAAGAACGGAACCCUGAAUAUGACAGUUUUGGGGGAAUCAGUGUCUAUUUCCGUUCGGGAGGCCGGGUCCGCAUCCUCGGUCAAUUUUGUAGAAGAGUGUGCCUUCAUUGAUCAAACCGACCCCUUUGUCGAUGAGAUGGUACUUCAUGAGUUCGAGGAAGU